AUGGCAUCGAGUGCAAUUGAGCUGGCUACGGGAUGGCAGUUCAAGCAGACCGACGACGCGAGCGAUGGAGCUUGGCUAUCUGUUGAGCGGGUGCCGACAAGUGUGCAUUUAGAUCUCAUGGCCCAUGACAAAAUCCCAGAUCCAUUCCUUGGUUUCAACGAGCUCGCGUGUGAAUGGGUUGCUGAUAAGUCGUGGACCUACCGCACUACACUUCCCAAGACACCCGCGCCCGAGAAAGGCACGGUUUUGGUGUUGGCGUUUGACGGCCUGGACACAUUCGCUACUGUCAAGCUCAACGGUGAUGUCAUACACACGAGUGAUAAUAUGUGGAUACCGUACCGAAUCGACGUGACUGAAAAGCUCAAGGCAGACAGCGACAAUGUUUUGGAGAUUGAUUUUGACUCGGCCCGGCUGCGAGCUAUUGAGAUCAAGGAUGCGCAUCCCGAGCAUUCCUGGGUUGGCUUCAACGGUGACAUGGCGAGGCUGGCUGUGAGGAAGGCACAAUACCAUUGGGGAUGGGAUUGGGGUCCGAUCCUUAAUACGUGUGGACCAUGGAGACCGGUCCGUCUGGAGACAUACUCGGCUCGAAUCUCGGAUAUACGCAUAGACUAUGAGCUCGACUCGUCGCUAAAGUCUCUGUCGGGGACCAUCAGAGUCUCGGUAGAAGGGACGUCGGCUGCCAAAGUCUCACUCACGGCUUCGCUUGGAGCAGAUACUGUCGUGACCACUUCUGCAGACGUCGAUGCCGGUAGUGGUACUGCGACUGCUUCGUUCAGCAUCUCGGAAGAGCAUCUUAAACUAUGGUAUCCGCAUGGCUACGGUGCGCAGCCACUGUAUGACGUCACGGCUGUAUUGGAGAGCAAGGGUGGCGUGAAGCUGGACCAAGACGUCAAAAGGACGGCGUUCCGCAAAGCCGAGUUGGUCCAAGAGAAGGACAAGAUCGGAAAGAGCUUCUACUUUCGCGUCAAUGGCAUAGACAUAUUCUGUGGUGGCAGCGACUGGAUCCCGGCGGACAACUUUGUGACGAGGAUCACAAAGGAAAAGUACAGAAAGUGGUUACAAAUGAUGGUAGAUGGGUACCAGGUCAUGAUUCGAGUCUGGGGCGGUGGCAUAUGGGAGCACUCUGAUUUCUACUCCCUGUGUGACGAGCUUGGCAUUAUGGUCUGGCAGGACUUUAUGUUCGGCUGCGGUAACUACCCAGCAUUCCCGUCGAUCCUCAAAUCGAUCGAGCAAGAGGGACUGGAGAAUCUGAAGCGGCUCCGACACCACCCGAGUAUUGUCAUCUACGCCGGCAACAACGAGGACUACCAAGUGCAGGAACAAUGCGGGCUCACAUACAACUACGAGGAUAAGGACCCAGAGAGCUGGCUGAAGACCAACUUUCCGGCGAGAUAUAUAUACGAAAAGUUGCUCCCUGACGUCGUUGCAGCUGAAUCACCACACGUGCCAUAUCACCCUGGCAGUCCAUGGGGAGACGGCCUGAUCACUUCGGAUACAACCAUCGGCGAUAUGCACCAGUGGAACGUAUGGCACGGCACUCAGGAGAAGUACCAGAUCUUCGACACUCUGGGCGGACGCUUCAACAGCGAAUUCGGCAUGGAAGCCUUCCCCCACAUCGACACGAUCAAGUACUACUGCACCGACAAAUCCCAGCUGUACCCCCAAAGCCACAUGCUCGACUUCCACAACAAAGCCGACGGCCACGAGCGACGCAUCGCCACAUAUCUAGUCGAGAACUUCCGGACAAGGACUGAUCUAGAGCCCUUCAUCCACCUCACCCAACUCUCCCAAGCCGAAGCCCUCAUGUUCGGCUACCGCGGCUGGCGCCGCCAAUGGGGCCAGGCCCGCCACUGCGGCGGCGCCCUCGUCUGGCAGCUCAACGACUGCUGGCCCGUCACCUCCUGGUCCAUCGUAGACUACUUCCAGCGCAAGAAACCCGCCUACUACGCCAUGCGCCGCGUGCUCGCGCCCGUCGCCAUCGCCGUCAAACGCGCCCACUUCGACUGGAGCGUCGUCCACGCCCGCGUGCCGCCCACCUCCACCUACGAGGUCUGGGUCAGUCGGCAGGGCGAGGGGGAGCUGGGCGCAGAUGCAGUGACGGUAGAGCUGCGCUUCCUGAGCGUUGCCACGGGCGAGGAGAUCAAGCCUGCUCUGCGCAGCGAGGGCGUCAGGCUGGUGGGUAAUGGCGCGACGGAUGUGUUUUCCGGCUCGAUUGAUAAUGUUAAUGAGGAGAUGCAUGUGCUUGCUGCUAGGGUCUGGGUUGAUGGUCGGGUUGUUAGCAGGGACGUCGAUUGGCCGCAGCCGCUCAAGUAUCUUGAUUUUGCGGACCGGGGCGUGCGGGUUGUGUCGGAGGAGGUUGUUCCGGAGGGUGUGUCGGAGGAGGGUGGUAAUGGCAGUGGUAGUGGUAGCGACAGCAACAACACGACGACGACGCCGACGACGACGACAAAGCUCCGGAUCUCGGCAAAGAAACCGACGAAAGGACUGGUGUUUGAGGAGAGAGAGGGCGUGCUGGUGGAUGACAGCGCGAUUGAUGUGGUGCCGGGCGAUGAGCAGGUUGUUUGUGUCCGGGGGCUCCGACCGGGGGAGCGGGCGUUGGGGUGGCGGUAUUUGGGCAUGGAGUAG